AUGGAAACUGAGCGCGCACUGAACAAGCGAUGGGCCCCUGUCUCUGUAUCUCGAAACGCAGACUCGGAGUUCAGAUUGCGAACCCGCGACCCAGUCAAGGCCUUUUCUUAUAUUUGUCUGGGGCGCACGCCUUGGAAUAACAAAGAACAUGAGUCUGAAGAUGAGGAAGAUGAGGAGUCUAUAGAGCAGAAGAAGAAAGAUGAUGCGGCGGACGAUGCCACUACCCUCGAACCUGCUUCUGAGCACCCAGGAGAAAAAUGGAUCUUCACAGAAGCCGGCGUGGCUAAAUGGAUUGCGCUGAAUCGCAGUACUGAUGUGCGCAACCCGGAUAACUUCGGGAUGUAUGUCUACAAUGACUUCUUUGGAUACGCCGUUAUGGAGCUGGUGGAGAACCUCGUGGAUUUUGACGAGGCUGCUGGUGACUGGAAGAUGCAGUGGGCUAUCUGUGAAGCGACGGGACUGUAUUUCCAAACGGAUGCUAUGAUGCCAUUGCUUGGCUGCGACGACGGAGAGACCAUGAACGAGGUGUUUAUCACCUUCGCCACAAUGUUUCUCGCUAUGCUCGCUACUCUGGAGCGAAAUGACCUGUUCGAGUCGGACUCGGAAGUAAAGAAUAUAGGAGCCAUCAUCGGUCUGUUCAUUCGCUUCAUUGUUGACGUCGAAGGGUGCAGUAUCGACUGGGAUGACCAUGAUGUGAAGAUCAAGGCUUAUGCCGCCAAACACGAUGUCACGAUUCAUGGCUUGAACCACCCCCGCUACAAGAAGUUGUCCGGUGAGACGGCUGAGCUUCCCGAGGCUACAGCUAAUGCCAAUGAUCCCUGGGGAUGGGCAAAGGCAUUGAGAAAGCUGAAGAGGAACAAGGGUAGACCUCUGGGCGGUGAUUCGAAGGACAUUACGUCUUGGACUCCUUCGGAACGCAAGAAGGCGGCUUUCGACAAGAAGGAUCCUAUUUCCCGGAGCGCCAUGACUCAUAUCAAGAAUGGUCGGAUUAUGGAGAUGGGUGGCUGA